GUCUUGCCUUCUGAUUCCAACUCGAUCAUGGCGCUGCCGUCGUUUGGACUACCUGACCUCCUCCGUGACUCGCCGGAUGAGACGCCACCAGUCCUCCUGUCCAACUCGCCGGAUCCGCCACUGCCAGUACUCUUGCGCGAUUCCCUUACUGCUCCCGUCUCUCCUCACAUGACGGCGGGGAACUGCCAGUUUCUGCCCUCGUGCGAUGCCCUCACUGCUCCCCAACUGACUAGCAUGUUGGAGCGGGACUCCACAUCACAGACCAUGGCCGGCGGCAACGAGGUCGUCCCUUGUUUGGUUAUUAAUCCAGCUAUUUCUGACAAAGCACCAAAUCAAUCUAUGAUUGCACAGAACGAUUCCAGCUGUGAUUUUGCUUUUCAAGACAAUGGUGGUCAAGCAGACAUCAAUCCUCCCCUAAUUGUUCAGGAUAGCUUCAGUACACCCAAAAAGAGAACCCGCAGUGGGCCUUUUUGUGGUUCAUCAUUUACACCAGAAUGUGAUGACAACUUAAAGCCGGCUGUAGGUAUGACAUUUGAGAACAUGGAAGCCAUCAAGGAGUUCUACAAGGCUUAUGCACACAAGGUUGGGUUUUCAGUCCGAAAUGGACAGAAGAGGACUGCAGCAAAUUCGGUGGUGGUGUGGAGGCAAUUUCUGUGUGCCAAAGCAGGUUUCAGAACCAAGAAAGAGGAAGCCAGAAAGGUUGUGAACGGAAAUAAGCCAAGAAUGCAUAUGACAAAGAUUACUAGAUGUGGUUGUGAGGCCAUGAUAACUAUCAAGCUUAUGCAGGAUGGCAAAUACUCAAUAACAUAUUUUCAUGAAGAACAUACACAUGAGUUUGUCUCACCUACCAAACAACAUUUAAUCAAGUCUAGUAGACAAGUUGGUGAGAGGGCAAAAACCACACUGCUCACAUGACAUACAGCUAGCAUUGGCACAUCCGGUGCCUUUAGAUUGCUUCGUAUUGGAGAGGGCGGAUUCGAAUUUGUGGUUUGCACAAAGAGAGACCUGCAAAAUUAUCACCGUAACUUAAGAAGUUCUAUAAAGGAUUCAGAUGCUCAGAUGUUCAUUGAUAACCUCACAAAAAGGAAGAAAAUCAAUCCAGGAUUUUUCUGUUCCAACAUUAUUCAGCAAACUUGUAAUAUGAAAGCAAUGUCUUUUGGAACCUUCAUGUUUCAUUUUCUAGUUUUUUUUUCUCAGAGUGCAAUAUGAAAGCACUCUAGUAAGAUGUCAAUGAUUUGUACACUUAUUUAUGUCUUUGCAAUGUGGAGGACAGAAUUAUGGAGUCCCUAGAAUUAUUUGUACUCCAUUAAGAUGCA